AUGGGACCACCACGCAGAAAGAUGCUGGCAACAGCAGAGGAAACCUUAACCCCCCCAGACGAGCUAUCCAACACCCAACAGAUCGUGCGAGCAAUCAAAGCCACCGGGAACAACAUCUACCUGAUCGAACAGCCUGACAAGAAGCAAAUGCUUGUCGAAUUGCCUGCCCGGUUCCGCUCGGCCAUCUGGAUCAAACGAAACUCGUAUGUCGUGGUCGAUACCAAGGGCCAGGAGGAGCGGGACAACAAAAUUGGCGGGGAGAUCGUCAAUGUUGUUAGGGACGAGAAGGCCUGGAGGAAAGCUCCUUUCUGGCCCAAGGAGUUUGUGAAACAGCAGGUUGUGCUUGUCGGCUCGGAUGACGAAGAGGAAGAGUCUCGUGUGGGCCAAAUGCCCUCUUCAGACGAGUCGGACUGA